AUGCCUUCCCUCACCACCACCACCACCACCACCAUCCUCCUCGCCGCCCUCACCGGCGCAUCCACCGCCUCCCCUCUCCUCGCCCGUCAAGCACCCUCCAUCACCACCCCCCCAAACCAACCGGCUCCCACCCCAACCCCCUGGGACCACGGCGCCACGCCCGACUUCCCCAUCCACAGCUCCUGCAACGCCACCGAGCGCGCCCAGCUCCAGGACGCCCUCCACGAAAUGCUCCUCCUCGCCCAGCACGCAAAGCAGCACAUCCUCCGCUUCGGCAACAGCUCCGCCCAGUACUCCCAGUGGUUCGGCCAGGCGCCCACCGCCGGCCCAAUCGGCUGGUACGAACGCAUCCUCUCCGCCGACCGCGCCGACACCCUUUUCCGCUGCGACGACCCCGACGGCAACUGUGCUCUGCAUCCUGAUACAUACGCCGGCCACUGGCGCGGCUCAAACGCCACCCAAGAAACCGUCAUCUGCCCACGCUCCUUCUCCGGCAUCCGCUGGUCCCUCAACGCCCUCUGCAGCCGCGGCUACACCGUCGCCAACUCGCCCGCAAACGCCUUCUUCGCCACCGACCUCCUCCACCGCGUCCUGCACGUGCCCCGCAUUAGCGAGGGCCUCGUCGGCCAUUUCGCCGAGGACUACCCGGAGAUGCUGGCACUGGCGCGUGAGAGGCCGGAGGAGGCGGUGCUGAAUAGCGAUUCGUUGCAGCUUUUUGCUGUCGAUGUUUAUGGGUUUGAUAUUUCUGUGCCUGGGGUCGGGUGUCAUGGGGUUUACUCGGCUGUUGAGGAGGAGGGGGCGCCUGCUGCGACGCCGUCGCCGUCGGGGGUGGUGUCGUCUGUGGCGGUGGAGACGCCGUCUGUGACGCAGAGUGCUGAUGCGUCGUGUCAUACGCAUUCUGAUGGGUUUGUGCACUGUGAUUGA